AUGGCUGCUGCAUCUGCUUCACGACGCGGGCUGUCCUCUCUCCUCGCGCCGGAGAGCCGUCCGCGCCUCUCGAGAUUCUUCUUGCCUGCGCAGCAGACGCGCGCGCGCGCAGUGCUGCGGACAGUCUCUGCGAAGGCUCCGCUUUCUCUUUCUUCGCUCCCGAUCUCCGCCCCGCGCGCCGCAGACGUCGCCUUCCGCGGGCCUCUCACGUUCGCCGCUCGUGAGCCAUGGAGGCCGGCAGGCGCUCGCGCGUUCUCUUCGCAGGCUGUGGAGAAGAUGAUCUCUGUGCCGUCGAUGGGUGACUCGAUCACAGAGGGAACUCUGAACACGUGGAAGCGCCAGCCAGGAGACUACGUGCGCGAAGGCGACCUGGUUGCGGUCAUCGACACCGACAAAGUCUCUGUGGACAUCAACGCGCCUGAGUCUGGCCGUCUGCUCAAGUUCGAGGUUCAGGAAGGCGACACAGUUGAAGUUGGAAAGCCGCUCUAUGUGAUUGACCCGACUGCGGUCGCGGACACGCCGGCGGAGCCUGCGGCUGAGCCUGCGAAGCCCGUCGAGGAGAAAGCCGCACCCGCUCUCUCCGCGGUUCCUCCUCCCGCUCUUGCGAAGGUCCCGACUCCCCCCCCACCGAGCGAGGCGAAACCUAUGCCCGCGAAACCUGCGCCGCCGAAGUCUGCGCCCGCGAAGGACGCGAAGAAGGCGCCGAAUGCGGGUGGCCUGGAUGAGCGACGCGUGCCGAUGAGUCGCAUGCGUCUGCGUAUCGCGGAGCGCCUGAAGGGCGCACAAAACACCGCUGCCAUGCUCACGACCUUCAACGAGUGCGACAUGGGCAACCUCAUGGCGAUGAGAAGCGAGAUGAAUGCGGCCUUCCAGGAGCGCCACGGCGUCAAGAUGGGCUUCGUUUCGGCCUUCAUGCUCGCGAGCGCCAUGGCGAUGAAGAAGGUCCCUGAAGUCAAUGCAUUCAUUGAGGGCACGGAUAUUGUGUACAAGGGUCACAUCGACAUCAGCGUCGCAGUGGCGACCCCCACCGGCCUCAUGGUUCCAGUCGUGCGCAAGUGUGAGAAGAAGAGUUGGGCCGACCUCGAGAAGGAGCUCGCAGCGCUGGCUGUGAAGGCCCGCAACAACCAGAUUGCGCUCGAAGACAUGGCUGGCGGCACCUUCACCAUCUCCAACGGUGGGGUCUACGGGAGCAUGAUGGGCACUCCGAUUUUGAACCCGCCUCAAGCUUCGAUUCUCGGCAUGCAUGGCAUCACAAAGCGUGCGGUUGUGAAGAACGACCAGGUCGUCAUUCGCCCGAUGAUGUACCUCGCGCUGACAUACGACCAUCGCCUGAUUGACGGCAGGGAGGCUGUGACAUUCCUGCGUCACGUGCGUGAUUACAUCGAGGAUCCGCGCUUGAUGCUGCUUGACCUCUAA